GUACAAAAGUCAUUCGACUUUGCCUCAGAUUCACAACCUUUUCGUGAUUUUUUCCUUAGUCAACUAUGGUGGAACUUCUUAAUUGAAGGAGAUCUUCAUUCUCAAUUUGAUCUAGCCAUGUCCACAUGCAAUUUUAAGGAACUCAAAUUGUUGGAAGUUUAUACUUCUUAAGACUUUUGUAGCAAUUUGUUUGAGAAUAUUCUCUGAUAAAUUAGAGGCAAUGUGGUGUACAUAAAGCUACAAAAAGACUUAAUAGAGAUUCUAAAAGUUUGCCAAACGAAAAGUAUAGAAGAUGAAGGCCACUAACAGUAUGUGCACAAAGUUAAAAACAGAUGCAAACUCUAUGCUCAAGAAAUUCUUUUCUUUACCUCUUUCCUAGUUUCUUGGCCACUAAGCUUAGGACCUGAAAAUUGACUUAUUUAAGCUUAUUGGCUAAUCCAUGAUUUAGUAAAGAUCCACAUUUCCCAGAAUUUCAGAAUCAUGGCUACUUAUUCAUCUGAUUCUGAUAAUGAUUAUGCAUCAACAUCAAGACUUUUCGGCCGCCAAAGGCCUAUUCAUUCUGUUUUAGGUGGAGGAAGAGUUGCGGACAUAUUGCUAUGGAGAGACACGAGAUUCUCUGCAGCAAUUCUUAUCGCAGUUGCAGCAAUGUGGUUUCUUUUUGAGGUUGUCGAUUAUACCUUUGUCACUCUCGUAUGUCAUGUCUCCAUCACCUCUAUGUUAAUAGUCUUCAUCUGGUCUGCUGGUGCAGAUAUCUUUGGCUGGACACCUCCAAGUAUCCCCAAAGACAUAUUACAGGAUACUACAUUUGAAGAAUUUGCUUCAACAUUGCACAAGAAGUUCAACAAUUUCCUCUCCACAUGUCAAUUCGUAGCAUGUGGAAAUGAUGCAAAGUCCUUCUUUUUGGCCAUCAUUUCUCUCUAUGUACUAUCGGUCAUCGGAAACUAUAUCAGCACCUUGAACCUUUUGUUUUUUGGUUUGCUCUGCAUGGAAACUCUCCCGUUUCUUUACGAGAGAUACGAGGAAGAAGUCGAGGACAUUGCAUAUAAAAUGAAGAGACAAGUGAAAAGAACUUGCAGGAAGUUCAAUGCAGAUUUUCUAGGCAAAAUUCCGAGAGAGAAAAAGGGAAAAUAGGGUGGAAGUGGACUAAUCUUGUUAUCAAAAAAAUAAUUUAAAAAUCUGCAAUUUGAUCAAUGUACAUGAUAAUUAACUCAAUGGUACACCCUGUGAAAUGUGUUUGCAGAAUUAGUCAAAAUUCCAAUGAUGUGAAUGGAUAAGAGUUGACAAUGGUAGUGAAGGAAGCACUGACGAUUGACUUCUAUUUCUGGCAAAGGAACACAUCAAAUUUUUGAUGACUAAUAGUAAUGUGCUAUGUAAAACCAUACACACAUUGUCGGUCUAGCGGUGGGAGCAUAGCGUGUUACAUGUGAGUUAGGAGCACGUCACGACUUUAAAAUUAAGCGAAGAAGGAUAGAAAAGCGUGCUCAUUCUCCAUCGAAUUUCUAACCAUAUAAUUGGAUUCUAUAGUUGUUGAGAAACGAUAUUUCAACCAAAAUUUUAGUACUUACACGUAUAUAGUUUGUCUGUCCUUUAUGGAAACAAACCAUGUUACUUAUUGAAUCAACCUCAACAAUGAGGCUUGUGAC